AUUUCAAUUUUCUCUCUAAUGAGUACAGUGUCCUUCACAUUAUUUCACCUGAAUAUCUUUGUUCAAGAUAAUUCUUUUUCUAUUUGCUUCCAUGCUUCUAUAUAAAAUAACGUGACUAAAUUUUCUACAAACUUUCAACCUUUUUACUGCGUGAAAAUUUAUUUGUUUUCAGCUUCAUUUCUAAGAAGAAUAACUUUUGAUAUUCAGAGAUUAAGACUUCAAGAUUGUACAUAGGUGACAAAGUUUGAUUGACUGUUAUUACCUAUAAUCGCCGGAUUUUCUAAUGCAUGAUGAUAAUGCAUGAUAAUAAUGAUUCUUCGAACGUAUUGCAAAAACUUCUGAAUCUUGUUUAAAAUAGUUACAAUGUAAUGUUAGAGGCGUGAAAAAAAGUGGAAUAAAUUAGAAACAGGUAUUUAAGAAUAAUCAACAGGUGUUUACGAUAAGAACAGUUCUUGAAUUUAUUCAAUUCUAUAAAUUAUACAUGAACAGUGUAUUGCUAUAAUUUCGUUUGGAGUAACAAUUUGAGUAGACUAUGUUUUGUUAGUUGCACGUUGGAUGUGUUAGAUAAGAGAGUGUAUUUGCUCCGAUUCUGCAACAGGACGCAGAUGGACGUAAUGGUUUCAUCUAUUUUGCUUCCGCAUUGGAAAACAUCAAUUACUUACCACGUGGGAAAAAUAUUUCAAAAAUACAUGAGGUUCAUUCAAAAGAUGGUACAAUACAGACGGUGUCACAUGUUAUGGAACACCCUGUAUACAUUUGAAAUUCAUCUUCUGUAUAAAUUAGUUCUGUUGAUAACGAGUACAUACAUGAUUGACUUCUAAUUGCAGUGGUCAAUAAUUGCAUACGAGCCAACAAUGGCUUUUGAAACAUUCAUAAUGAUUUUCGCUACAUUUUCUUUCGUUACGAUUCAAGCAAAUAGGAAUCCGCGCUUAAAUCAAAAUUUUCAAGUACAUCGCAGAAUUUUCGAACUUUGAUACUGACGCUACAUUAAAUAUUUGAAUAAUGCGCGCUUUUAACAUAUACAGCACGCGGUGCGGCGGCUGCAAAGAUCAAUAAUAAUCGAUGGAUAAUAUAAACACGAGCCAGAAAAUCACUGGUCGAGGACGAACUAUGCCGUUGGCAAUAAUGCAACGCGUUCAUGUCUUAUUUUAGCGGUUCCUUCUAGUCAGCUGAUUUUUCUUUUUCCGCUUUAACAAUCGCUCGUUUAGGAAAGAAUGUAACAGGGCCUUUCUAAAUUCUGUGUCAGUUUCUUCUGUUUUUAUGAACCGCAUUUACCAUUAUGGUUGGUCGGAUUAAUUUUGACCUCAGCGAUAGGAUCUCAUAAAAACAUGUUUGAGAAAGCUUGUUUUGUCGAAAUUUCACGGUUAAGAGAUAAAAAAGUCUUGUUUUAACAUAAUAAGCUGAAAAAUUUAGUUUCAAUUGAAUUUUAACAGUUAAAUUUUUAACGACGCGUCAUCUUUUGAAUGGAGGGAAGAGAACAAACUCUGCAACAUAUUUACCAACUACCAAAUGCAAGCGAAUUUGUUCUUAACCAACUGCAAAAAGUAAUUAGCCAUUCCGAGAAGGAAAAGUUAACGAUCAUUACCUAUGAGGUUUUAUUAUAUGCUUGCCAAAGUCUUUCAAUCUUUUUCUCGAAUAAUUUACAAUGUCGUUGAAGUUUUUACUCGUUCGGCUAAAAGGUUUCGACUGAAAUGAUUAUUAUGUCAUCGUUCUUCUUCCUGUUUGUUUCGUUUUUAGUCUGUGUAACGUAAUAUAGAAUUUUGAAAGAUAAGCGGGUAAAAAGCAUGUGAUUCCCUAAUUAUGUAUUAUUGCUAUUCCUUUCGCAAUUAGAAAGAGAUAUGUUCGAAUUUAUAUUUGAAUUUGUGUUGGCUAUUCUGUGCGCUGUUUUGAAAUCAGGCUUCUCAACAGAAAAAACUUAAUGGUUGCAGAUAAUUUCAUAGAAUUUGUUAUUGUUUGAGAAUUACUCGUGUUGAGUUAAUUUUCAAGGCGAUAAUAAAUAACAGUAUUAUUAGAAAAUGGUUAAAUUGACGCCAGAUUUAAUACAGCAGUCUAUGCAAUACAUUAAUCCUGUAAAGGAUCGUGAGUUGGAUCUCAGAGGAUAUAAAAUACCUACAAUAGAAAACUUGGGUGCAACAUUGGAUCAGUUUGAUACUAUUGACUUCUCUGAUAAUGAUAUUAGAAAAUUAGAUGGAUUUCCUCUUUUAAAACGAAUCAAAACCCUCUUUUUCAACAAUAAUCGUAUUGUUAGAAUCGGCGAGGGUUUGGAGCACUGUAUACCAAAUUUGGAAACCCUUAUGCUAACUGGAAACAUGAUUCAAGAGCUUGGUGAUCUGGAGCCACUGACACAACUAAAAAAUUUAACAAAUCUUUGUUUGCUUCAAAAUCCAGUUUCUGCAAAACCUCAAUACAGACAGUAUGUUGUAUACAGGUUUCCACAAUUGAGGCUUCUAGAUUUCCGAAAAAUCAAAAUGAAAGAAAGAGAAGCUGCAGUUGCUUACUUCAGAAGUAAAAGAGGAAAGGAAAUGGUUCGUGAAAUAGCUAAGAAAGUUAAAACUCAGAGUUCUGGUGCAUCUACAGAUAAACCAUUAACAACUCCAGAAGAACGCAAUAAAAUUAGAGAAGCUAUUACAAAUGCUACUUCUCUCGAAGAAGUGCAACGUCUUAGUAAAUUACUUCAAGCUGGGCACAUGCCUAGUGAAGAAAGAUUGCAAAAUGGAAAUACAAUGCCUGAGGCAAUGGAAGAAGAGGAUGAUUAAAUAUUUUAUACAUUAUUUGAAAACAUAGGUUAAAAAAGAAUAAUCUUUUUUAUUUCUGUAAGUAUUUGGUUAGUACCAUAAUUGGGAUUAAAAACAGCUGUUAAGCUAAUAAGAAAUUAUAUGCUACACAAAUGCAAUUUCAUUUGAAGAUGACUCAUAUUUGUAAAAAUAAAGCCAUUUAACUACCUAAUUGGCCUGAAGCGAUUUUGUAAAUUUAUGUUACCUGAUAAUAAUUUUUUAAACUAUUUUUAAUGUACAUGUAUAUUUUUUUCAGUGGCAGUUCAAUAAAUUACUUAUUCAAAAACGAGUAACCGUUUUCCUAUAAA